AUGUCCUCCGCCCCGGAACGCCUUGAACCGCCCCCGUACCCCAUAGCCAUUCGGGCUGAGAACAUCGCCCGCCACGAGACCGAGUUUACCGUCACCAAUCGCCCGGAACCAUGGCACAGUCUCGACUACUCCGUCGAGCACGAGGGUGUCACCCUGUUCACGGUCCAAGGCCAGCCCUGGAAACCGAACCAGACACGCAUGUUCUUCGACCGCUCGGGACUUCCGCUCUUCGAACUGCGGUGCCAAUGGUACGAUUCCUCCACGCUUUCUCUGCGACUUCCCGGUGGGGCGGAGUGUAUCCUCGAGGCGAAGCUGCGGGUUGCGAUGAAUGCGCCGCGGGCGGUGGUGACAUUUCGGAAUGCUGUGGCUCAGCGGGGAGGAUCGGAUGGAAGGAAUCCGGGGGAGGUUGUGUUGGAGGUGUACGGACAAGAUCUAUACAACGUGCUCCAGGUGGUGUUUGUGCAUAAUCGGAGCGUGGCAUACAUCCGCCGUGUGACGGACCGCAGUGUCCUUGGGCAGGGACAACGGCCGCCGUUUCGAUACCGGCCGAAGUGGACAGUGCGUGUGGCGGAGGGUGUUGAUAUAUUACUUAUAGCAGUUGUGGUGGUUAUUGUCGGUCAACGAGUUGGAACUGAGCUCAAUGAGAGUUGA